CCCAGCCAAAUCCUUGCUCGGUUAUCAGCAACUAAUUACAAUCUGGAAAGUUCCUUGCAUCGCCCUUGUAAUGGUGCAGCCACUCGAGCAAAAAAGUUUUCGCAGCAGCGCCGAUAAAAAAAGGGCUUGAGCUUGAUUUCAAACCGAUGGCUCCAAAAACUGAAAGAAGGGUCGCAGUAGAAGCGACGAUCUUCCCUGGAAAAGGGUUCCCGUAAACCUUUUUGCCCCUGCAAUCAGGAGGAUCAGAAUGAUUCGACUCCCGGACCUGACGACAAAUAUAUAUAUCCUCUCGCCACCAAAGCGCGGGAAGCAUCUCAAAGUCGCUCGACGUCCCGACGAUCAGCCAUCUCCAUCGCGAUAAGUACUGGGGCAAAGGCGCAACGGCCGAUUCAGGCAUCUCAGACACCCCGUCUCGGAAAGGCAAAACCGCUCUUGGUUGGCCAAGCUCAGGUACCCACCACCAGCACGUCGGGAUGAUUCGCGUGGACGACCUCAUCGCCGACCUCUGCGAGCUGCCGGCCAGAGUCAUCGUCGGCAAGAAGAAGCGCAAGGAAUUCCAGAAGGUGGACUUGCUGGUCCGGAUGGACUGCGAGGGCUGCGAGCGCAGGGUCAGGAAGGCGCUGGAGGACAUGAAAGGCGUGAGCAGCGUGGAGGUGGACCCGAAGCAGAACAAGGUGACGGUGUCGGGGCAGGUGGAGGCGCCGGAGGUGGUGAAGCGGCUGCGGCGGCGGGCGGGGAAGAAGGCGGAGCCGUGGCCCUACGUGCCGUACGAGGUGGUGCCGCACCCCUACGCGCCGGGGGCCUACGACAAGAAGGCGCCGCCGGGGUACGUGCGCAACGUGCUCGACGACCCCGACAAGGCGCCGCUCGUCAGGGCAAGCUCCAUGGAGGAGAGGUACACCGCCGCCUUCAGCGACGACAAUCCCAACUCCUGCGCCGUCAUGUGACCCUCCGCACGCUUCCUGUCUUCCAGAUCCAGCAUAGGAUAGGUUUCAUUUCCAUCGCUGUUAGCUUGCUGUGUGCCUCUACAGUUCUUGAAUGAUGUUUCCUAGCUUGCUCUCUCUGGCAGCUUUAAAUUUUUGUGGCAAUGUUAAUUUUACCGUAUGUGGAAUGUUGAGAUGAACACAGCUAUGUGCUGUUUGGGUUAUAGG